UUUCUUCUCUAUCUCUCACUCUUUCCUCUAUCCACUGCUCAGCCACACAGCAAUUCUAAAUUUAUGAUUAUAUUAUUUGAGUUUUCAGCAUUUUAUUUUAAACAUCUUAUUUCAGGAAUCUGUGUAAAUUUGAAGAGGUUUUAUUCUGACAUUUCGGAGGAAAGAAAUGUUCCACCUGCAGUGUUUCUGUCUUCUGCUGGUCUGCAUGGCUGCCUGCGUUAGCGGAAGACAUCCGAGCUGCCACUUCUGGUUUGAGCUGCAGUCAGCAGAGAGAAAAUGUCUGUCCAAGUUGAAGAAAAGUCUAGAGAUCGAAGGUUGCCCUGGCAUGUGGGACAACUUUUCCUGUUGGCACCAUGCAGAGGUUGGUGAAGUGGUCACUAAUCCAUGUCCAGAGGCUCUGAAAAACCUCUUUGGUCAAGAUGGGAACAUUAGCAGAAACUGCACAACUAAUGGCUGGUCAGACUUAUAUCCCAGUAUCAACAGUGUAUGUUUUUCUGAAACCAAACCAAACAAGCAGCAGGUGUUUUACAUGGUGGUGAAGACACUGUACACACUGGGGCAUAGUCUUUCUCUCAUCGCUCUUCUCACUGGCAGUGCCAUCCUAUGUCUUUUCAGGUGUUUACACACACACACACUCUGCUCUGGCAGAG